CAGUCUUUGUUUAUAUUUUUUCAAAUCAUCUCUUUCAAUACAUUUCUAUAAAAAUAUCGUGUUUUUAUGGCUGCAUUGAAAGACAGUGAUCAAAAUGAUCGACUCUGAAGGACAAGAAGAGUGUUCUAGUCAAAUAUGCAACUCAAAUCACGACGAAUCUUGUCAAUAUCGCCACAAAGUGACAAGCUAUUUAAACCAACAGCGGAAAACAGGCAAAUUCUGUGAUGUUGCUUUGUUGGUCGGAGAAGAAACGUUUCCUGCUCACAAAGCAGUACUCUGCUCGGCCGGUGGAUAUUUUGCAGCCGUAUUUGAACAUGAUUUACGAGAGAAAAACGCAAAAGAAAUCGAAUUACCGACUGUGUGUCCAAGUGUCAUAGAUGGUGUGUUAGAUUACAUAUACACUGGCACAAUAAAUCUUGGUGAUUUGACACAAAGUGAGAAUGUUUUAAUUGCUGCCGAUUACUUGAGUCUAGCCAGACUUCGUGAAGCUACAACGGGUCACAUGAAAUCAUUUUUAACCACUUCAAAUUUCCUUCAAACUCUGACCUUUGCAGAACGGUAUAACUUCAGUGAACUCAGUGACAUCGUUUGCCAAUUUGCCCAAACUAAUUUUACGGCUAUCGUACAAGAAGGGAAACACCUGGAAUUUACAGUUCACCAGCUAGUGAAGGUCUUAAAAAGUGAUGAUUUAGAGGUUGAGAAAGAGGAAUAUGUUUUUGAUGCAAUCGUGCAAUGGAUCACUCACCAUCCUGGACAAGAAGACCUCGUCUCAGCGCUAUUCCCACAUGUGCGUCUGUGUGAAAUUCCUGAAUCCACCAUUGUUGAUAAAAUUCUUCGAGAAAACUUGAUACUUUCUGAUGAGGUCUCGUUGAACACAGCUCUUGCCCACCUUAAAGAAGUGAUGUAUUUAAAAGGUUUUUGUGAUGAUGAAGUGGCUGCUAACCGCAAACCAAGACGUGUAGUUGAAGCAGUAAUAUUGUUAUCUGGCACCAAUCAGCCACUGUGUUAUAUUCCUAGUGCUCAAGCAUGGUAUCAUAUGCCAUCAAUGCAAUGGGAACAUAAGAACACACCCAUAGCAUUAUGCAAUGGUAAGGUGUAUGUAACAUCUGGCAGAUCUGGAAUUGGCCUUGUUGCUCAAACAGAAUACUACAACCCACAAACCAAUGUAUGGACAUCAACAAGUGCCCUGCCUGCCUCCAACUACUGGCCUGGAUUGGUAUCUUUGCAUGGUUUCCUAUAUCUAGUUGGUGGUCGAACUCCAACUAGCCGCCUCAAAACUGUUUGGCGUUUUGAUCCAAGAAUCAACCAAUGGGAUAUGGUGACGUCAUUACAGGAGGAACGUAGUGGACCAGCUGUUGUUAGUUGCAUGAAUCACAUUUAUGCGAUUGGUGGAAGAAAAAACCCUAAUGAAGAUCUCAGCAGCUGUGAGCGAUACAGUCCGAUUACUAAUGAAUGGAAACCAAUUGCUUCAAUGAAGACUGGUAGGUCACUAGCUGCUGCAGCAAACAUUGGUCAUCGGAUAUUUGUCAUUGGUGGUAGUGAAGAUAGUGGGAUGUACCAGCUUGCAAUACCUACUAAUGAGGUGUAUGAUUGCCUGCUUGAUGAGUGGUCAUUAAUUGCUCGUUGCAAUGCAGAUCGUGUGGCCCCUGGUGUUUGCUCAUUAGCAAACAAGAUUUAUAUCUUUGGUGGCCGGAACCAACAACAAUCAUUAACUACAGUUGAGGUGUAUGACAGCAAGACAGAUGAGUGGCAAAUUGUUAGUAAUUGUGACAAAUUACUUAACACAUUCAGUAUCAGCUGUUGUGUUUUCUACCUGCCAAAGCGACAUUUGGCAACUUUCACAAGAUUAACAAAUAAUGCUGGACAAAACCUAGAUUGUUGAGCUCUUCAUUGAUAUAUAUGAUUGAUGUUUCAUUAGACUAUAAUUACAAUAAAGAUGGGACAGGAAUUUAAUGCCUAAAUUAAUAUAAAGAAUUAGGAAAGAUAAAUGUAAAUUUGAUUGAGGUUGAUCAAAAGUACAGAAUAAGGGAACAUGAUAAACAAAUUAUAAAUUUAUGUAAUGCUUCACAUUGGACAACUUAUGCAGACAUUCUGGGUAUCUGCAGGUGAACAUUGAUUGAUGAACCAGGCAUAAUCUAUCUCGUUAGCAGUGAAAAUGUGUAACAUUAUUGUAAAUUAGUAUUCUUGCUGUGAUAAGUCGUUCUCUUUCUUUCCCCUCUUGCCAGGGCUGCACCCAAGGGGGAUGGGUAUUGGUAAAAUGGCACCCCCUCAAGUUUAUGCCAUAUGCAAUAUUGACGAAAAAUACUCCCACAGGAUUCUCAACAAGCAUAACAGACUGAGUAAU